GGUUGAUCCUCGCUCUUCAUUCGAACACUAUUUUCUAUUCACGUUCAUCAAUUUGUAGAAUCAUUUCAACUUUUUCUUUGUUCGCGCGCUCGCAAAAUCAACACUCCAACUCCUGUCGACAUGCAGUUCUAUCGGACUCUGGCACUUGCAGCCCUGGCUGGCCUGGUAUCAGCUUCACCUAUAGCAAUUGAGGGUGAUUCCAUCGCCGUUCGGUCUGGCCCUUCUCUCGACAUCAAGGCACCUAUAGUUGACAAGCGUGGCGCCCAGGGCAGUGGCCUUGUUGAAGAUGAUGAUUUCGAGAUCCCAGACGAACCAGAUACCAAGAGGGCCAUAUCUGUUGAUGACGAAGACAACUUUGAUAUCCCCGACGAACCUGAUACUAAGAGGGCAGUCUUGAUAGAUAGCGAAGAUGAUUUCGUAAUUCCAGACGAGCCGGAUACCAAGAGGGCUAUAACUGUUGAUGAUGACGACUUCGAUAUCCCGGACGAGCCUGAUACCAAGAGGGCCGUGGCUGAGGACGAGGACGAUUUCGAGAUCCCAGACGAGCCCGACAACUAGAGAGUUGUGAGGAGCAAGCUCUUCUAAAUCAAGGCCCUCAGCAAGUGUUAUCACUGCUGUAAUGUAAAUACAACAUGAGCUCUAAGACUGUACGUAAUGCAAGACCGGGUU